GGCCUGUGUGGAGCCAACACCCUGUUGGCGGUGAUUCCGUCAGUCCCUCUCCGAAUUGGUGAAGCGCUACUCGGUCGGUGCUAGGGCCGUAUCUUUCCCUCUACACGUAGGGAUGCGCGAAUCUAGGGCAACGUCCACUUGGAGGGUGAUUAUACACGUGGACAUGGAUUUGAUGGCUACUGUGGUGAUGCCACGUGGCAGCAUCUGACGCCUUCGUUGUAGGAGUGGAUCCAGCGGUUAAUGAUGAACAGAGAGCCUCGACGAGAUAUACAAGUGGGCGGGCGAUUCCUGAGGCGGCGAUUGAUUGGCAGUCUUGGAUUUGAUUGAUGAGCAGCUGGUCAAACCAAUAAAAGUCAACAAUUCAUCGAAAAACGGAAGCAAGCACUGUUAGUCAAAGUGCAAGCAAAGUCUGAUUGGGAGAAGGUUACCUGAAGAAGACCUGCAAUCUGCCGCUUAUUUCCUGAUUAGGGAAGGGCUUACCUGAUACGGUGAUGUGAAGUAGCUGUGGAUUGAACGAGAUGGUUAUGUGACAAGAAGACCUCCAAUCUCCUGCUUAUUACCUGAGAAGGACAGGAUUACCUGCUAAGGAAAGGGCUACCGGGUAAGAAGACCAGUGAUCUCCGGCUAAUUACGUACCUAAGCAGGAGAAAAUUACGCCAAGCAGCUGUGGAUUGAAGUAUGUCAAGAUGCAGAUCUGGCAGGCGCAGAGUUGUCUGGGACGAGGAGAACCUGCACCUUAUCGAGACGCACAAGACAGCUCGGCAGAAGAUUACAGAGCCGAAAACGCCAUACCACCCGCCAGACAGCGAUGGAAUGAACUCGCCGUUGCCAUACGAUUUAGAAGGUUCGGUGAUGGUAGUCCAGGCAGAGGCUAUUAGGGAAGCAUUGACAGAAGUUGCUUCUGGGAGUAAUGAUAAUGACAGCUCAAGCGCGAACAACAGCGAAUGGGCAUCUUCAGAAGAUGAAGGAGAUGAGAUGGAUCAUGAUCUAAGUGGUUCAGAAAGUGUGGAGAAUGGCAAGCGAAGGUUGAGUUUUGAGGAGCAGAGGCGUAAACACUACGACGAGUAUCGAAAGGUGAAAGAGCUGGUUGCACAAGGGAAGAGAAUUGAUGAUGAUGAUGACGAUUCCGGAGAGAAUGGAAAAGAAAAUGGACCAGAACCAGAACGUGCCACCUGGAAUUCAGUGAAGGGGGGCCCAGUUGGUUCUACCGGAUGAUGCGGACAAAAGUGCGGAAGCGGUUCCUUGGACUUGGAAUCCGUGAGACGAACAAGCAGUUUGGCAAUGAUCGGCGUAGCAUGUGUAGUAUGUAUAAAUGAUCUGUGGUGACUGUGGUAGUUAUUUGCUGCAGAUUUCCUGUUGUAGUGUUUUUUUUUUUUUUUCGUUCAGCCAUGAGUAUUUGUGGGGGGUUGGUUGGGGGGGGGGGGGGGGGGGGGGGGGGGGGGGGGGGGGGGGGGGGGGGGGGGGGGGGGGAUGAUAGAGAUCAAAAGCUACAAAGGAGAAAAGGACAGGGUUAAGCCAUAAUCGGGGUUUUCGAUUGGAAUGGUGGAGGUGGUCAAUCAAGAUGGAGGACCUGUGAGUUGCAGAGGGGAUGGGUGGGUGGGUGGUUGUGCAUGAGGUGUGGUUGGCAGUACAACGACUGUGCUUGCUGUGGCAGCAGAUUGGUGCUGUGGAAAGCCAUUCGGAGAAAACCGGCUUGUAUUUGAUGCAGUUCUAAAUGGCUAGACACGGUAUAUGGUACCGACAUUAUAGCACCGUGUAUGCUGAAUGAAGGCUUCGUUCACGAUCAGUUCCUUGUAUUCUUCCCCAAGUGUUGCUGGGGUAGAGAAAGAGACCUGGGAAGUCAAGGCGUGUCCAAAUGCUCUUGAUUGUUAACAAUGAAGCCCCCAUGUGUCUGGGUUAAUAAUGGAUAUUGGUCAGUGAUGUAUGGGAAAGAAAGCAGGGGGAUCCAUGUGGAUCACAACAAGGGGGUGGGGGGUGGGCUGCGAGGGUUGGGGGAGUGGGUGGAACCCCUCCUGCAGGGGAGGUCUUUGUAUGCCUCAGGAUUGGGGUGCCUGUGUGUCUGAGGUGAGGACCUGAGAAUCGGCGGCGAGCUCAUGAGUCAUACCAAGUAAGGUGGGUAUGGGACCCCUCCUGCAGGGAGGUUUUUGUAGGCCCCAGGAUUGAGGUGCCUGUGCGUCUCAGGUGAGGGUCUGAAAAGCGGAGGUAAGCUCAGGAGUCGUACCAAGUAAGGCGGAAUAAUGGAUCCUGUUCAUUGUUCACGAAAAGGUUUCGCUGAACUUCACUGCACACAGGCUCCUUUAGCAUCCGGCAGGAGCAAUGAAGGCUGCAAAUGUGUUGUCAUAAACAAGUGCCUCUUGCCUUUCGCACAUGGUAUCUCUUUUUCUUGACUGUGUGUGUGUGUGUGGGCGUGUGUGUGUUUGGGCGUGUGGGCGUGUGUGUGUGUCUAUGUGCACACGCGUGGGCGUGUGUGUAUAUGGAGGCAGUGGGUUAGGCCACCGUGUGUGUGUGUGUGUGUGUGUGUGUGCGUGUGCGUGUGUGUGUGUGUGUGUGUGGUGUGUGUGCACACGUGGGCGUGCGUGUAUAUGGAGGGGGUGGGUUAGGCCACCAUGUCUAUAGUGUACAGCAUAUAGCAUCACAUUUAGCACGCCCUUGGGCUUUUCUCUUGUUUAUCGCAGACCAUGGCCAACGCUGAACUUAGGAGGUACUUGCACACUGGACUGCCCGCUGUCGCUGAAUGUGACAGUUGGUAUGGCGAGAUCUCAUUCUUGAGAGUCGUGUGCGAUUGGUAUUGCUCCUUACUUGUUACAUCUGAUUCCCUUUUAUUGCCUUGGCUUUGACACAAAGUGCAUGCUGCCUCUGACUCAAUUCCAGUCCUUAGCAAGUAUCAUGUUGCAUGUCUUUGCCUUUACCGCCUCCCCCGACACACACUUGCACAUCCUUUUCCCUGCAUCUCCCUCUAGUGAAAGGUGUUUCCCUGUGAUCCUACAUUUGGCCCGCCACCUCUCUUCCCCCCCGACCUCCGCCUUGUCCCCCCAGCUUCUUCGAGGCAGUCGAUACAAGAGGUUGCAUUCAGCCAGU